AUGCAGCGCCUACGUACUACGUUCAAACGUUCCCGGACUCCCACGCCUGCCGACAUGAAGACGCAGAGCAGCCUCGAAGUGCCAAAACAGGUCCGGUCGGCUUCGUUCGAUGAGAUCCAGUUGGAGGCUGCGCGGAGCGCUGGAGGUGGCACUUUACUCGCAGUGCCGCAACCCGGCGCCCGCAGCCGCUCGUUCGACUCUGCCGGAUCUGACGAUUCUGGCACAUACUUAGAGGUACCACGACUUUGGUCACGCCGUCGAUCAGGCAAAGGAACACCGCCACCAUGCGUGCACUGUCGACACAUGGAAACAUGGCUGGCUCGCUGCAACGAGGAGAGAGUUACUCCCGAGAAACCCCUCGCUUCGUCCUCCGCCGAAGAAGAUGACGAUGACGAUGAAAGUGAAGCUGAGUCUCCUCGAGUACUGCUCGCACCACCGCCACCGCCAAGGACUUACGUCGCACCACCAACACAAUCACCGCCACCAUCACCCGGUGCACCCUCUUUCGAGCUACAACCACCCAGUGAUGAACCACCGCUGCUUCCCCAAAGAAGACGCUCGAUAUCCCGACAAGAGGCGUUCUUCAUUGAACCUACGGGGAGUUCCCUUGAAAACGUUCGCGCAUCUGAGGAAGGCGCUAAUAAUAACACUGCGCGAGACACUCUCGUUUAUGACAUUUACUUAGCCGUGCCGGAACUUAAACGUGAUCGUGCCGCAUCAGUGGAUUCAUGUUUUUCUAAAGUUUCUGGUGGAGCUAGAGCUGAGGAAAUAGACGGCUCAGGAAAUUCAUUGACUGUGCCAGGAUCGAGCCUCCGAUCUAGAUCUGUGGAUAUCGUGUUACCAACGGCUGAGCAGUCGCGCUACAAGGCAUUAGCUUUAACAUCAUCGCAGGUACCACCUCAAAUACAACAUCAAGAACAAGAAGCCAUCGUUCCUGUGCCUCCCUCACAACAUGAAAUCAGGUUAGUUUAG